ACCGACCCGACCCGGGCGAAACUUAUUUCCCAACUUGUGCCCUCGCUGCUGCUUCAUUGUCGUCUCUCUGCGUGAAGUCUCUGCCGACGAAGAUUUGGAGUUGCAGCCAAGAUGUCUCGACAAGCCACUCGAUUCAUCGCAAACCUCUCCUCAAAACUCACAUCUGGUACGUCAGCAUCAUCAUCGUCUUCGAAUUCGAUUUAUCAAUCGCGUUCUUUCGCCACAGCUCCUCCACCUCCGGCAGUCUUCGUCGACAAGAACACCCGCGUCAUUUGUCAAGGAAUCACUGGAAAAAAUGGCACCUUUCAUACCGAGCAAGCCAUUGAAUACGGAACUAAGAUGGUUGGUGGAGUUACCCCAAAGAAGGGUGGAACAGAGCAUUUGGGGCUCCCUGUUUUCAACACAGUCGCAGAUGCAAAAGCUGAAACCAAGGCUAAUGCUUCUGUAAUAUAUGUACCACCACCGUUUGCUGCAGCAGCAAUCAUGGAGGCAAUGGACGCUGAACUGGAUUUAGUUGUUUGCAUUACAGAAGGAAUACCACAACAUGACAUGGUUCGUGUGAAGUCUGCUCUUAAGCAGCAGUCAAAAACUCGGUUAAUUGGUCCCAACUGCCCUGGUAUCAUUAAGCCAGGCGAAUGCAAGAUUGGCAUUAUGCCUGGGUACAUUCACAAACCAGGACGCAUUGGUAUUGUAUCUCGAUCUGGCACGCUAACUUAUGAAGCGGUUUACCAAACCACUGCUGUUGGCCUAGGCCAAUCCACCUGUGUAGGCAUCGGUGGGGAUCCUUUUAACGGGACCAACUUUGUUGACUGCAUGACAAAAUUCAUUGCUGAUCCCCAGACAGAAGGUAUCAUUCUGAUUGGUGAGAUUGGUGGUACUGCAGAAGAAGAUGCUGCUGCCCUCAUAAAGGAAAGUGGGACUGAUAAGCCUAUUGUUGCCUUUAUUGCUGGACUUACUGCUCCACCUGGUCGACGUAUGGGUCAUGCUGGAGCCAUAGUAUCAGGCGGAAAGGGUACGGCUCAAGACAAAAUCCGGACCCUGAGGGAAGCUGGUGUGACGGUUGUUGAAUCACCAGCAAAGAUCGGAGCUGCUAUGCUUGAAGUCUUCAAACAGAGGGGUCUUGUAUGAUUCCACGGUCAUGCAUCGGAACCCAUUUUUAGUUGAUAAUAACAACGAUAAACAGCCAGGCAAAGUUUAAGUGAUUAUGGUUGCAAUUUUUACCUUGAGUUCAUUCGUAUCAAUCCUUUCUUUCCCCAAUGAAGCCAAGUGUGAUGGCAUUGUUUCUUUAGUUUUUGCAAAUUCAAAAAUACAGGGAUUUUGACAAACUUGAUUAUGAUUGAUCAAGUUGAAUGGAAUGGAAACUUUUUGUGCCUA